GACGCUGUGUUGAUCAAUCACACCCGACAGCAAGCAGCUCGAGCAGCCAAUGUGGUCCAUUCUACACUGAUGUACAGAAGAGAACUGGAGAGAGAGCAAAUCGAACCUAUACUCAUCAACAAAGCUGUCCCUUUGUGUUCUGCUCAGUAUGAGCGACAGUUCAACACUACCCGUAUUCCUGGUGUUGAAACAGAUAAGCUGGUUCAUCUUAAGGACAGCAACCACAUCACUGUUUACCACAAGGGCCGCUACUUCAAAGUAUCUUUCAGGCAGAAAAAUAGACUACUCAAGCCAUGUGAACUUGAAAUAAUAUUCCAGAAGAUUAUUGAUGAUGACAGUCCACCAGCAGAUGGCGAGGAGCACCUGGCAGCUUUAACAGCUGGCGACAGAGUUCCUUGGGCCAAAGCUCGCAAUGAGUUUUUCAGUAAAGGCAAAAAUAAAAUCUCUCUAAAUGCUAUAGAGAAAGCUGCCUUCUGUGUUGUUCUAGACACACAACCACAGAAAUAUGAUCCAGAUGAUCCUUCCAAACUGGAUGCCUAUGGCAAAGCAAUGCUGCAUGGACAAGGCUACGACCGAUGGUUUGACAAGAGUUUUAACAUUGUGGUUUGCUCUAAUGGAACAAUUGGUUUCAAUGCUGAACAUGCAUGGGCAGACGCACCAGUGAUGGCACAACUCUGGGAGUAUAUCCAGGUGGAUGAGCUGAUUCUUGGAUAUGACAAAGAUGGCCACUGCCGUGGCAACCCAGAGUGCCAACCUCCAGUUCCUGUCAGACUGGAAUGGGAGAUAAACAAACAAUGUCAGCAGAUCAUCCAGUCAAGCCUGCAGGUGGCCAGGUCAUUGCUAAAUGAUGUAGAUCUUCAUAUCAUGAUGUUCCAGGAAUUUGGCAAAGGUUUUAUAAAAACCUGCAAAAUCAGCCCUGAUGCUUUCAUCCAAAUAGCACUUCAGCUUACAUAUUACAGACUGGAAAAACACUUUUGUCUGACAUAUGAGUCAUCAAUGACCCGCCUCUUCAGAGAGGGGAGGACAGAAACAGUGAGGUCUUGUACAGAACACACAUGUCACUUUGUUAAAGCUAUUGAGGAUGGAAAACCGAAGGAGGAGUGCAUACAGUUGUUGAGGAAGGCAGCAGACUAUCACCAAGGUCUGUACAGAGACUCCAUGACAGGCAAAGGAGUCGACAGGCAUCUCUUCUGUCUCUAUGUGGUCUCAAAGUAUCUUGGAGUUGACUCCCCUUUUCUGGCUAAGGCCCUCAGUGAACCAUGGAAACUUUCAACAAGCCAAACACCGCACGGACAGGCAGAAAGAAUGGAUCUUCUCAAGCAUCCAGAACGUAUCAAUGGUGGAGGUGGUUUUGGUCCAGUGACUGAUGAUGGCUAUGGAGUCUCCUACAUCAUUGCUGGAGAGGACACUAUCUUCUUCCACAUAUCAUCUAAAACAUCCUGCUUACAGACGGAUUCCCACAAGUUUGGAGCCACCCUGAAGACUGCAUUGUGUGAUAUGAAAGAUCUGUAUAAUAGAUAA